AUGGCUUUCUUCGACGUAACCUUCUACUUCCACAGCGCGUCCGGGCUGCCCAAGAUGGACAUGGUUGGCAAUGGAGAUCCAUAUUUUGUAGCCAGGCUUGAUGGAAAGGUUGAGUACAUAUCCUCGGUGAAGGAGAAUACCCGUUCUCCUGUCUGGAAUGAGCCGUGGAGGAUUAAGAACGUCCCUCAAGGAGCUGUUCUGGGAAUCGAGUUGGCGGACAAGGAUAACAAAGGGAUGACGGAUGAUUACAUCGGUCACUUAAGGGUCGAUGUGACAUCCGGGGAGAAGGAGGUCCAAAUCACGGAAGACAAGCCUCUGCGACGGCACAGAGGUACAUUUCAGCUGAAGAUAGACCUUGUACUGUCGACCGAUCCAGAGGCGCAUGAAUAUCCAUACGAAUUCGACGGUCCCAUCCGCUACUCGUUGCACUACUCGCCCACGAUGGGCCGCCUUACGAGUGCGGACAGUCGGCUUUACGCUACAUGGAAGAUCUACCUCAGGGGAGUGCGCCGCUGCUUUGGUGACGAAGUACAGUUCUGGACGAGCAAAGCGCGGCGCACGUUCGAGGGCCCCGCCUCCGCUGCGGUGCGCUCCGUCAAGCACACCGCCCACCGUAUGCUAUACGCACACGCCAUCUCCAAUACGUUCGGCGUGCUCGAGAAGCCUAGGGACUUGUUCCACCUCCUGCAUAGGCAUUCAGCACCAGGCACCGACGGGGCGAGCGCGCAGGCACCUUUCGCGCACCGCAUCAAGCCUGCGGUGUAUACCUACGUGAUUUCCGUCGACGACGACUCGAUGCGCUUCUCCGAGACGGGCGCACGCUACCUCGUCAACAUGGUCUCGAAGCACUGGCUGCACUCGGACUGCGCCACCGCGGUGCGCUUCGCCGGCGAGUUUCACCCGCGGCCGGAGGGCGGAUGGGACAAGUUCAGCGACGACAUGCGCGAUGAGGAUGUGCGGUGGGAGCUUGUCAUCGACAACAACUCGGGGACGUACGCGCCCAAAAAGGAGCUGCUGCCUGCGCUCAAGAGGGUGCUCGAGAUGAACCUCCUGGGUUUCACCAUCCUCGCUUUGGAUCGCGACGACCCGGAGGUGGCUCGCAGUAGCGAGGCGUGUAGGGUGUACGCAACGACGAAGCGCGGGGUGAGUGUGGAGGAUCUUCAGCCUUCUGCGCCGCCUGGGCACAAGACGCUAUUCGAGUACGCAUCGGAGCAUCUUCACAUGCGCCAUCCAUCGCGUCUCAUACCAGAGACACGACAUGUAGACACAGCAACCUAG